AUGGACGAGGGCACCGGGAAUUUCAAUCAUCCUGGUUUUCAUCAAAAUCCCACCCUCCAGUACAAUCCAGUAUUCAACAACAACAGUCAUAUGAAUCGGCCCAAGAUAAUCCCCGCGCACGACGCGUGGCCAAACAGACGACUCUCCGACGAGCAAGCUCCGCAGUUCUACCCAGUUACUCUACCAGAUCAAGCCAAGGAUGAGCCGAUGUUGCACCCAGGGACCUAUCUCCCUCCUAUGGGGACUUUCUUCAACUGGAAUGAUCGCGCCUGCGUAACACCAGAGGGCGUUGGCAGUUUCAGUUGCAGAGUCUGCUUCAGGCUCCUACGAGACCAUACCCCACCUGUUGCAAAACAGGUCGGCUUCCAGUGUCCAAGGCCUUGUGCUUUUACAUCAGUAUUAGAUCACACACCGCAUCCAGGCACGCCCUGCCCUCAAGUGUGGAUAACUUCACGAUCAGCCCAGCGCAAGUGGAAUUAUAACCCUCGCAGCGGUUGGUACCCGGGACUGCAAGUGUACCCAUCAGAGAAAGAGUGGAAAAUUCUCAAAGCCAACGGUUACAUUGGAGAGAAUGGUCGCUAUGACCCUACAAUGAUCCCAGCAUUCACGGACAAGAUCUGGCAGUUUCGC